AUGCAGAGCCAACCCAGGUUUCUGGAGUGUAUUGAAGACAUUUUCUUGAAGCAGGUGAUCAAUGAACCGAUUAGGGGAGAUGCUCUGCUGGACCUGUUACUCACAAACAAGGAAGAACUGGAUGAAAAGGUGAAGGUCAAGGGCAGCCUUGGCUGCAAUGGCUGUGAGACUUUGCAAGUUCUCAUGGAAGACACACACCUGGAGGGAAAAGGGGCCCAGGAGAGCAGGUGGCUCAACGAAGCCAAGCUUUAUCAGUUUCAUUCUGAACCCGCUCGUCAGCCAGAGGAGCAAUGGAUGGACUUUAAUACCAGAGUAAAUCUCCAAUAUCCUGGAUUUAGGCUGUUGGAAAAUCCAGAACGUACCUUUGAUUUGGUACUGAAAGUAAAAUGCCAAGCAUCUGAAAACGAAGAUCCAGUGGUACUGUGGAAGUUCCCGGAGGACUUUGGAGACCAGGAAGUGCUGAACAGCGUUCCAAAGUUCUGCUUUCCUUUUGACAUUGAAAGGGUGUCCCAAAACCAAGUAGGACAGCAUUUUACCUUCGUGCUCACCGACAUUGAAAGUAAGCAAAGGUUUGGAUUUUGCCGUUUGACGUCAGGAGGCAAGGUCUGCCUUUGUAUUCUAAGUUACUUACCAUGGUUUGAGGUAUACUACAAGCUCCUAAAUACACUGGCAGAUUAUUUGGCUAAAGAACAGGAAAAUGACUCAAAUGAUUUGUUAAAAUCAUUGUAUAGCCAUCCUGUGCCAAAGGCGAACGCUUUAGUCAAUUUAAGUGUGAACCAAGAGAUGAUUUUUGCAAGUGAGCAAGUUUUGAAAAAACAGCCUUGUCUUGUAUCGCACUCGUAUUUCAUUACUCCUGAUAUAACUGGAUUGCCAACAAUCCCUGAAAGCAGAAACCUCACUGAAUAUUUUGUUGCUGUGGAUGUGAACAACAUGCUGCAACUUUAUGCCAGUAUGUUGCAUGAGAGACGAAUCAUUAUUACCUCUAGCAAACUAAGCACUUUAACUGCUUGUGUUCAUGCAUCAGCUGCAUUGUUAUAUCCAAUGUAUUGGCAACACAUUUACAUCCCAGUGCUUCCUCCACAUCUUCUGGACUACUGCUGUGCACCGAUGCCUUAUCUAAUUGGUGUCCACUUAAGCUUAAUAGAGAGAGUAAAAAACAGAUCACUGGAGGAUGUGGUUUUGUUAAAUGUUGACACAAACACUCUAGAAACCCCUUUUAAUGACCUGAACAACCUACCUGGUGAAGUGGUCUCGGCCUUGAAAAAUAAACUGAAAAAGCAGUCUACAGCUACGGGUGAUGGAGUAGCCAAGGCCUUUCUUCGGGCACAGGCAGCACUGUUUGGAUCCUACAGAGAUGCACUAAGAUACAAACCAGGAGAACCUAUAACUUUCUGUGAGAAUAGUUUUGUGAAACAUCGUUCCAGUACUACUAAGCAGUUCCUGGAAACUGCUGUUAAUCUUCAACUGUUUAAACAGUUUAUUGAUGGUCGGCUAUCAAAAUUAAAUGCAGGAAGAGGAUUCUCUGAUGUUUUUGAGGAAGAAAUCACAGCAGGAGGUUUUUGUGGAGGAAAUUCAAGAUCUUACCAACAGUGGAUGCAUACAGUGAAGAAAGGCAGUGCACUGAUCAACACAGCAAUGACCAAAGCCACUCCGGCUGUGAAAACAGCUUAUAAAUUUGCAAAAAAUCAGGCAAGGCAAGGAAUAAAAGAAGUGAAGAGUAAGUUAAAACAUAAGGAGAGUGAGGAAGAGUAUGGAACUUGCAGUGCUGGUGCAGUACAGGCUGCUCCUGUCUACACAUUGCAUUAUGAGAAAAGAGCAAACUCAGAAAAACGAAGACUGGCCCAGACUCGCUUCAACCAGCAUUUCAGUAACCAGGAUUUUGCCUUGGAUGAAGACGAUGAUGAUGAAAUGGAGAGAACAAGCAAGUUAUCAUCAGAAGACAGUGAAGAAGCUUCUGCUUGCUUUUAUGAUAGUGAUGAUUCUGGUGAAACUGGAAUAACUCCUCCACCUCAAGGAGAAAUGGACUUGCUUGGGGAGAUUUUGGACACGCUGAGCACACACAGUUCAGAUCAAGGAAAGCUCUCAGGAGCAAAGAGCCUGGAUUUCUUCAGGUCAAUGGAUGACAUUGAUUACAAGACUGCGGACAAGUCAAAUGCACCUAGUGAGAGCAACCUUACCCUGCUCUGCAGCAGUGCUAAUGAUCAAGCAGAGUGGAACCUCGGUCAGGAUGACAGUGUCAUCCAUGGGAAGCAGCUCCCUCCAUCACCAAGGAAGCAAGUUUCUUCUGGUGGCCAUAGAGAAUCUCUCUCAAGGCUGGAAGAAGAAAGUAGUGACAAAAUCUUUAUUACUGACAAGAUGGACACCACUAGUAUGACAUCCCCAUCUCCAGUACGAUCAAGUGCCCAGUUUGCUUCUCUAGGAAGUUUCAAAGCAGGCUAUUCUUCCUCUAAGUAUGCAAAGCGGAAUGAAACACUAAGCAAUACCUCAGAAGAUCAGCUCCCAGCAAGUCUAGCUCAACAUCCAUCCAUUCUAGUCCCCUGGGAGAAAGAUGGGAAGGAAAGAAAUGAAACUCCAGAAGAGGGUGGGCUUCUUCAAGAAGUGGUGUCAUUAUGUAAACUGAGUUCUGCUUUUCACUAUGGUUUAAAUAUUUCAAAGGAUAGCUUAUCCAGCAGUAGCAGUGGAAAUAAAACGUAA